AUGCUUCCCCCAGCUUUGAAUAUCCCAAAAUGGCUCGAAGCCAACUCCCACCUUCUCCAACCACCAGUCAAUAAUUAUUGCGUCUACCAUCCCUCCUCCCCCGCCACUGCCGGAUACACCGUCAUGAUCGUUGGCGGGCCAAACGCCCGCACCGACUACCACAUCAACACGACCCCGGAGUUCUUCUACCAGUACCGGGGCUCCAUGCUCCUGAAGACGGUCGACACAUCUGUCUCCCCGCCUGUUUUCCAGGAUAUCCCUAUCCACGAAGGGUCGAUUUUCCUCCUCCCUGCUAACACCCCGCAUUGUCCUGUGCGGUUUAAGGAUACGGUGGGCGUGGUUAUGGAGCAACCGCGGGCGGAAGGCGCGGUUGAUCAGAUGCGGUGGUACUGUAGGGGCUGUGGGGAGAUCGUGUGGGAGAAGCAGUUUGUGUGUACGGACUUGGGGACGCAGGUGAAGGAGGUCGUGGAAGAGUUUGGCGCGGACCAGGAGAAGCGGACGUGCAAGGCGUGUGGUACCAUUGCGGAGACAAGAUUUAAAGAGGGCGAGAUAGUACAGCCUCCCAGGUUUGUGGAGUGA